CGCUCCCGUACACGGCGGACGUCAAUAGUUGCAGCGAGUUCCCCACCCUAGUAAUAUUUAAGAUGUCAUCCCGAAAGAGAGAGCGAGGGGAGCAGACUUCGCAUAAAGUAAUCGAGAAAAGACGAAGAGACCGAAUCAACAACUGUCUAUCCGAGUUGAGUCAAACAGUGCCGGCAGCUUUUGCAAAACAGACGUCUGGCAAGUUAGAGAAAGCAGAAAUCCUGGAAAUGACUGUGGAGUACCUGAGGGCAAUUCAACGCAGUGGACUUGCAGCUAAGUUUGAAAAUGCCGGUUACAAUCCCGAGACCACAUGGCAGGAUUCCUGGCAGGAAUUAUCCGAAUACUACCAAACAGGAUACAACGACUGUAUGAAGGAAAUUGCACGUUAUUUGACAGACAUUGAAGGAAUUGAUCUCAACGAUUCGAGGUGCGUUCGGAUCAUGUCGUACCUCCAGCAGCGCUUCCGAUCCGAGCACCGUCCAAUGCCGGGCAACGGAAUAACAGCGCCCUCUUCGGCGUCGACAGGGUCUCUUCGGCUGGAAGGAGGCAGUUUUCCGUUACCGCAUACAUCAAUUAGCCCUUCAGUGAAGCAGGAGCAAUCUGCCGCGCAACGGGCCUCCCACCACCACCACCAUCACCACCACCAUCUUCCGAGUUUCCACAGAUGUAACGCCCACCCGCACCACCACCUUUGUUCGUUUACGGCGUCCUCAACAAGUUCCAAUCCCGAUCAGAAAACAUCGUCUCCAAUAUUCACUGCCUGCGGGGGAGUUAAUAUUGCCCCACAGUCUUGCAACGUUGCUAUGCCAACACCUAUAAAACCUACAAGUUCAUUAUAUGCACACCCGUCCCAUAUUCCGUCUGCAAUAAACAAACCGAAUAGCGGUCUGUCGGCUUUCGCUUUCAAUCAUCACACUACUCGAAUUAAACCUUUGACUUCUCAUCUGCCGACAUUGAUGACGUCACACAUGAACUCGUCAACGCCCUUAGCUGCUACGUCAACCAGUGCGAUAUUAACGCAUUCACUCGUUGUGCCUUAAGAUGAGUCGACGACUGAGUUUGCCGUUGGUGGCGUUCUCGUGGAACCCCGAGGGCCACACUUGGAUGCUCACUGGCAGAACCAAGACGCAUUUAUACUCCUCGACCUCGAGAUGUAAACGGGAAAUGUGUCAUCAUUAGUAAUGAUAUGGUUCAUAAAUGGUAUAUAAAAAGAAACGCAAUCCGUCACGGGGUAACUAAGGAAACCUCAAUUACUUGACGAAGGUUAAGUGACCUAAAAUUUACACCUCGAACAUGACUCCGCUGUGCUUCCAUUUGCGGGGUAUACGGCGUGUAUAAUUCUUCUAAAAUGACAGCACGCAUUGCAUUGAAUUACUCAUGUUCCUCCUGUUACCAUAGUGAUAUAAAUGGACAUUGUGAUACUCUGCAUGUAAAGAUCAAGUACCAUUGUCUACAUUUGUAUUUGGUGACUCAAAAUAGUUGAGAGUUGCCGAAAGACGUUUUCCAAUCAAAUCCUAUAAAAUGAUGAUGAUAGUUUUUCCAUGUUAAUCUAUCAUUUGUUACCGACUUUAACAUUUGUAAAACAAAACUACUUAUGUGUAUACUUUUUUAUUAAACAAUAAACAAGUAAAUAAAUAAAUAAAA